AUGGAAGGACCGAUCGCUGACGUCGAUGGUUCAACAAUGCAAUAUGGGUCUGAGAAGUGUGAUGAAUGCCCAAUCUGCUAUCAGGAAUUUGCAUACAAAACUGAAUUACCCGACUGCGGACACAAGUUUUGUUUCUUAUGUAUCAAAGGAGUGGCCCUUAGACAUGGAGCAUGUCCACUCUGUCGAAAGCGCAUUCCUUGCAGUAUAUUUCUUGACCCAGUACUUACAACGUUUGCUGAACAGCCAACAACAAUCAGAGCAGCUACUGCUGCGGAGUCAAUAGCCGUUGCGGCGGAAAAUAUUGAUGAUAGUCGGAAAAAGAAUGAGAACAAAGUGCAGUGGUUUUACGCGGUGGCUCGUCAUGGAGGUUGGUGGCGUUACGAAAGUCGACAUGAAAACGAAAUUGAAGAAGCUUAUCAGCAUGGUUUGCGCAGCAUUGAUUUACUCAUUGCGGGCAACUUGUUUAGCAUUAAUUUUGACAGUAUGUGUCAAUACAGAAAAGACUUUAGCAGGAGAGGUAGACAUACUCGUCCAGUAAAACGAAUUGAAGAAGGAGACCCUGGUUUGGAUGGUGCAGUUCGUGGUAUUGCUGGCCUACGUACAUCCAUUGAAGGAAAUACAAACAUGAAGUAA